GAUAUCCAAUCCCUUGUAACUCAGGAUAACAUUCCACAGGGAGGUGGCAUGUCCUUGCUCAAGGGAAUACUUUUGCUCAGUCUUUGUGAGAAGGUGAUGCUCUGAAUACAAGUGCAUGCAGGAGUGUGACCCAGUGUUCCAGGGGCUCUCAGACCAUCUCUUGGGCUGCCACAGGAUUCAGGGAAACACUGCUUUAGACGACAGUUGUUUGAAACGUCAACCUUUCCUUCAAAGUGCAGAGUACAAUCAUGGAAUCCUUUAGGCUGGCUAAGACCUUUGAUAUCAUAUAGUGCAGCCCUUAACCAAACACUACCCAGGCUGCUGCUAUACCAUGUCUCUCAGCACCACAUCUGCACAGCUCCAGUAAUGGUACCACUGCCCGAGACAGGCCACCUCAGGGCACGACGACCUUUUUGGGGAAGUUUUUCCUAAGUCCAACUUAAAUCUCGCUUAGUGCAACUUGAGGCUGUUUCUUCUCACCUUGAGGAUGACCGACUGCUAAUUUGCUACCAUCCAUCUGGGACUGCUGUGCGAGGGUUGGGUUGAACUGAGUUAACCCAUGUGGCUACCUCACGGAGCUCACUGAACGCUGUCGGCGAGUAACCACGACACACGCGGCCUGAGCCGCCCAAGCGCAGUGUAGCGAGUACCGCAGCUGGACACGUUAAUCCGCGUCACCGGGACCCGUUUGGCCCGGCCCCGGCCCGGCCCUCGUCUGGGCGGAGGCAGCGGUGUGGCCCGGCCCCUCAGACCGGCGGCCAUUUUAGGGGCACAGGAGCGAGCCGGCGGUGUGCGGCGCCCUCUGCUGGUUCCCCUCUCGCAGAGCUGCUGUGAGGGGGCCAUGAAAUGUGUUUUCGUCACCGUGGGCACCACCAGCUUUGACGACCUGAUCGCGACCAUCUGCUCCCCGGUGACCCUGCAGGUGCUGCAGAGCCGCGGCUACGAGAAGCUGGUGCUGCAGGUCGGGCGGGGCGAGCUGAACCCGGUGCUGCCCAGCAGCCCGCCCUUGGCGGUGGAAAUCUUCCGCUUCAAGGACUCGCUGGCCGAGGACGUGCGGAGAGCAGACCUGGUCAUCAGCCACGCAGGUGCAGGUAGCUGUCUGGAGACACUAGAAGAAGGAAAACCACUAGUAGUAGUAAUAAAUGAAAAGCUGAUGGACAACCAUCAGCUUGAACUGGCAAAACGACUCCACAGAGGUGGCCAUGUCUUCUGCUGUAAUUGCAGCACUCUUGUGGAGACACUGCAGUCCAUGGAUUUGUCAACUUUGAAACCUUUUCCUCCUGGACAGCCAGAAAAGUUUGCUUUAUUUUUGGAUAAUGUUUUUGGGUUUCAAAGGACCGAGGGGCUGGAGGCAAAAAGACCCUCAAGGCUCUCCGACAGCCCUUGCAACUCGUUAGGCAGGUAUCGGAGGUCUUCACGGACGUCGUACUGUAGCUGGUGCAAUAGACAGCUCCUAAGAGCGGCCCGCGGGCUCAGCGGGAGAGCACUGCUCGCAGCUGGCUUUUGGGCAGCUCGUGGGCGCGGGGAAGCGGCCCCAGCUGCGGCAGCGCGGCAGGCUCCGUGGGUGCGGAAGGGGAAGGGAGAUGCCGGGGGUCGGGCCGAGCCGCCCGGCGCAGGUGGGCGCGUUGGGCGCGGGCCCUCAUUAGCAGCCAUCUGCGCCCGGCUGCCGCGCGCCUGGCUGCCCCGCGCCCCGCAGCGCCUCGCGCCCGGCGCGGAGCUGCUGUUUCCCGCCUCUGCCGUUGCUGCCUCCGGCACUGCCGCCCCUGCCCCAGGGAAGAUGCAGAAGGGCUGGAAGAAGUACUUCGGGCAGAAAUCCUUCAGCGAGGUGGCCAUGGACGAGUAUCUGGGCAGACUGGGGCUGUACCGUAAGAUGACGGCCAAGGACGCCUCCUGCCUCUUCCGAGCCGUUUCGGAACAGCUGUUUUCAUCUCAAAUUCAUCACAUGCAAGUUAGGAAAGCUUGUGUCUUGUUUAUGAGGCAACACCAGUAUAAGUUCGCUUCUUAUGUGGAAGGAUCAUAUGAGAAAUACCUUGAACGCCUAGGAGAUCCAAAGGAAAGUGCUGGACAACUGGAAAUGAGUGCUUUGUCAGUGAUGUACAAGCGAGACUUCAUUCUAUAUCGAUACCCUGGAAAGCCACCCACCUAUGCUACAGACAGUGGUUUUGAAGACAAGAUUUUACUGUGUUGUUCCAGCAACAGCCAUUAUGACUCGGUGUACACAAAACAAUUCCAGGAAGAUGCUGCCAUUUGCCAGGCUGUACUAUAUGAGAUUCUGUACAAAGAUGUGUUUGGCAUGGAUGAAGAAGAAUUAAGGUCUGCAGUUGAGCUGUUUCGAAGUGGGUCCAAGAAGAACAGAAACAGUGGCUCUGCAGGAAGUGAGGAUGCAAACUUUGAUUGUCUUCAUGAAAAAGUAUCCAGAAAUUCAUCAGAAAAGAGAGCAGACAAGUGGGAAGGAAAUGAGACUGACAAUCCACAGGAAGAUAAGUUCAAACAAGGGAUUGAAGAAGAAAAGCCUCCAGAAAAUCCAAAGAUGCCCGUUCCUUAUAAAGUGCUGAAGGCACUGGACUCUGAGAUCUAUCGAAAUGUGGAGUUUGAUGUUUGGCUGGACAGCAGAAAAGAGCUUCAAAAAACUGACUACAUGGUGUUUGCUGGGAGACAGUACUAUGUAGGAGACAAGUGUCAGGUACGACUGGAGCCUGGAGGUAAGUAUUACAAUGCUCAUAUCCAGGAGGUUGGGCAGGAUGGCAGCACGUUGACUGUAUUCGUUGAGGAGCUGGCAGAAAAGCAUACAGUUCCUUUGGCAGACUUAAAACCAGUGACCCAGGUAACCCCUGUCCUUGCUUGGAAUAUGGUUCCCAGUCGAAAGGGAGGAACCUAUCAGAAGAUGACAGGUGGAUACUUCUCAGCAUUAGAAAUGGAUAUGAAAACAAGAAAAAGAAUGCUGAAGAAAAUUCGUGGGAAGGAACUCUUUAUGGCUGUGGCUUACAGCAGGGGUCAGCCAGUCCUUCCACCUCGUCUACAGCACAACAUUCCUUCUGGGCGCUCUCCAGUUCAUCUGUCACAAGGUGGUGGAAACAUGUCACCUUACGAACCUUAUCACCCUCAGCACCCUCCUCAGAGACACAGCCAUGGAUUUGGGAUGCCAAGCUUAUACAGCCGGAGCCGCCGUCAUAUGCAGUAUGUAAAUAAGGAAUGUCGGUAUGGGUUUGUACCAGGGAAUGGAGAGGACCUGCAAGCACCAGAAGAAGCUGCAGCUUUCUAUGAAAUUGAAGGAGGCGAUGAUGCUGCUUUUCCUACUUUACCAAGCCAGGGUAACCCUCCUAUCGUCCAUGGUCCAGCAGGAUUUUGGGUAGCAAGGAGAGGCCCAAACUCUGUUCCACCUAACAAGCAGACCCUGAAUUCCUCAGAGGAGGAAGAAGAAACAAGUGAAAAUGGGAAAUUUCGUGAAGAAUUUAUCUAUGCACCUCCAGAUCCUGACUGUGAAAGCGCAGCAGUGUUUAAUUCAGCAGAACCUACAACCAACUUGGAGGAAGGGUUGGUCUCUGUGUCACCUCAAGAUGGAGUGGCUUCCUACGGCUAUCCACAGAAGGCGAUGAACUCGGCAUCAGUCUCAGCCUCAACAGGUGUUUAUGCUGCUCCAGCGGCAGGUUUCUCAAAUUCUGUUACCUCCACUCCAGCCAGUGUCACAACAGCAGUUCCACCCCAAACAGCAGUCCAGCCAGUCAUAAUAUCUCCCCUUUCCAUAGGGAGGCCAGCAGUUUCUUCGGUGCCAAUCCCAGUUUACUCAGCUCCUCUUUCUCCAGUCGGUGAGGUGGGAGAAGCUGGUGCCACUCUUCCGCCUUACUCUUGUGACCCCAGUGGCAGUGAUCUGCCCCGAGAUACAAAAGUCUUGCGGUAUUAUUUUAAUCUGGGAUUGCAAUGUUGUCAUCAGAGCUACUGGCCUUCCAUGGUGUACAUACAGCCAGUGCUGCCACCUUCACCUGUGGAAGUUUAUCCAGGAUAUGCUGAGCCGGCUCCUGUCCUAGAUCAGUCAGUACCUCAGCUUUAUGGUGAUGCUGGGCGAACUGAAGUCCACCAAGUUCCCUUGGAAGCAUCUGCAAAUGGUAACUUUCAAAAUAUGGAGCCUCCACCUCUGUCCUACGGGCCAGUCUAUUACCCAGUGGUGUCAGAUCCCUUCAGCCAGCAGUCUGUUCCUGGGAUGGAUUCUUUAGUACCUGCUUAUCGCUAUGUUAGUACCUGGCACACAAUAAACCCACCAUAUGGAAAUUCUCCCCAGACUGCUAAUGCUGUAAGUUCUGGACCACUGCCCCAAGUCAGCUACAUUGCCUCACCUAACCCUGCACCUCAUGACAUGCCUCAAGGAAUGUAAAUCCUUGCUCACUUCUUGCCCUUGGUUUCUCUUGCUUCUUCUUAGUCAGCUAUAUAUUAAUAUUGUUAAUGUUACCCUGUCUUCUUGGGUCAGAUUGUUUGAUUCAACUGCAAUCAAAUUUCAUGUUUCUCCUGUAGGUUUAAGGUGUUGAUUCAGUCAAUUAUGUAGGAACGCACAGGAGAGGAGGGUACACAAACUACUGUAGGGAACACAAAGCUUCAGUUUGACUUCAUAAAGUAUGUGCCAAAACAUUUCGUUGUCACUAAAGGAAUGUCACAUCAUGUACCUCUGGGAGGGGGUGGGGUUGCACUGAAACACAGACACCUGGUUCUUGUUUAAGCACUGAAAUAGGUAGCUGUUAGAACUAGGGUUAAAACUGCGCACAGGGCUGUUAAGAGGAUGGAAAUUGCUUACUCGGACUUUAAAACUUCUUUGCCUCUAGUGGUCACACUUUUGUAAUAGCUGUGUUACUACUGUCAUUGUGCACAGGGUUCAUGACCUCUGAAAGUAUAAGAAUCCUGUUCUGAUCUGGUGUAUAUUUGUAAGAUUUGUUUUGUGAAAGCUGUAGCACAAAUGGUGGCAGGCUUGGUGGUUUUUGGUUUUUUUUGCACUGAUAGCACAAAAUAAAGGCAUUGAACACAUGAAAA